AGCGGGCCUGGCCCCAUUGCAAAGCAUUUCCAGCGGGCUGAAGGAAACGAUGAGCCCUCAAGAUAUUGUCCAAGACGCCAUCCAUAAUUUCUCCCCGACUUACCAACAAUACACGCAGCAAUCCAUGCAGGAGACGGAAGGGGGGCUCGGACAGAACGGCCACACGAGUCCUCCGGCGGAGGCCUCGCAGAGCAAGAAGACAAAGAGUCUCGAGAAACGGAUGCUCAUCGUCUCCGACGACGAGCUGUGAAGAGGCACCUGGAAGGAAGGAGAGUUCGUGGAUUCGAGAGGGCUUCCCGCCUCGCUCCAACCCGGAUCAGAUGGCCUUGUUGAACGAAGCAACCGAGGUGUCUCGUUCUUGUUCUCAAUGACCUAUUGAGGGAAGACCCCCUUCCCCAGACGUAGGGUCAAACUUCCUAAAUACAGCCAGAUCUGCCCUUCUUAUUUGUUGUGGCGGCUGGCAAAAACUCCCGGGAGUUUUUUGAGGCACUGGUUGUUGGUCCUGGGGCAGCCUGAGGGGCCACACAGAAUUUCUCGAGGGACGCAACUCCUCCCAUUCCCAAUGCAUGGCGAUAAUACUGAUUAUUGGCAGAGAAGGGACAAGGCAAUGUAAGAAAUGGACGAAAAUUGGAUGAAACCAACAUUUUCAUUCAAAGAAUUGCAGCUGCAUCCCAUUGAAAGCGGAUUCCCAUUGUCCUCCUUUUUAAAAAAAAUUGUUUUGUGGAUCCAAUCCAUCGGGAUUGGGAAUCAAUAGCUCCGAACCCUGGAGAAAUAAAAGCACAAUUUUUCUUCUUUCCAACGUAAGGUGCUGCAACAGGGUGAGGAAUUAUAGCGCCAGAUUCCUUUGUGAAGUUGCACGGAGGCUGUCGAAGUUUCUGAUUAUAGGACGCACCUUGGAUGUCAGAGGAAUUGUGACCUCAUGUUGGAAAAAAGAGGCAUUGCAUUACAUUGAAAGUGUUAAAUGUACUUCUUUCUAUCUGGAGGAUUCCGAGGGAUGGCUAUGAAUCGCGUGUCAAUCUGUACAUUUCAAAAAAAAAUGUGUAAAUUAUAAAAACAUUUGUAAUACUUUUUCCCACUGCUGUCUAACGCUGACAAAUUUACUUUUGAGAGUAUUCAAAGAGUCAGAGAACGCACUGAUUCGGUGGUCAUUUGGGUUGAAUCUGGGAUGGCCUAUGGUUACUCACUGGUGCUGUAAGUUCAGUGGUCUCCAAUCUUGGCAACUUUAAAGACUUGUGGACUUCAACUCCCAGAGUUGAACUCCACAGGUCUUAAAGUUGCCAAGGUUGGAGACCACUGCUGUAGUUCAUAGUUGAAAACAAAGGAAGUAGCACACCAUUGAUAUAUAAGGGAGAGGAUUUUUAUGGCUUGUCAAAUGCAAAA